ACCUGUCAGGGCAGGAGCUGUGGAAUGGACAGGCAGGCCUAAUGGCAGGGUCACAGGGUGCAGAGUCUAAGCCCCAGGCUGCUCUUCACCAGGGCCCCUGAUGGUGGGGAUGGACUUGACGCAGCCAGGAACCAGGUCGUGGCCCCCGAGAAACCCCAGCUGUGGUAAUGGCCGCCGCCAAUGGCGUAUAGCUGGUAGGAACCAGAUAAGAGCCAGGUCGAUAACAGCGGGACAAACAGUACAGAACGGUAGGCAAGAAUACACGGGUCACAAUCCGGGUUCAGCAACAGGAGGUCAGAUAAAGGGAUAAGGCUGAGAGUAGUCUUAGACAAAGCCGAGUCAGUUUCCAGGAGAGCCACGAGAG